AUGCUCAGCCGAUUUGUUUCCAAGCGGGCCUUCUCGGUCUCCACCCAGGUGUCCAAGUCCAUCAUCUCCUACAACGGCAACACCAUCGAGAUCCCCGAGGAGUACACUAAGCAGGCUCCCAACCGAGACUCCACCUGGGCUCCUGCUCAGGCCUCCAAGACGGAGAUCUACAAGAACAACAUGGUCCGAUUCGAGCAGAAGGAUCUCAGCAAGCAGCCCAUGCCCUACGCCGGUAUCGAGCUCAUUGCCCAGCAGCCCGUCCGGUUUGUCCAUGGCAACACCGCUGUUUGCGACGGAGCUAACCACAAUGGCCCUGGUGCCCAGGGUCACCCCAAGAUUUUUAUUAAUGUGGACGCCCCCGGCUCUCAUGCUUGCCAAUACUGCGGCACCAGAUACGAGAAGGAGCACUAG